ACAACAAGGAGUUAGAUGGUGUAAAUUUAUAUAUCAUGAAUUAGUUAAUAUUAUUUUAAUUUCUUGAUAUAUGGUUAAUUGUAUUUUAAUUUCUAGUAAGAUGAAAGAAAGAAAGAUAUAAAAAUAAACAAUCUGAUUUUAAAAGGAUAAGGAUAAGAGACAACAUCCUUUUGAGAUCGAGUGUGUAUCUCUAACUCACUCUCUACUUCUAUAUGUAUAAGAACAGGUGACAAUAUUCACUCACCAUUCUCUUGCUUGAUCGAUAAACAUGUCUUCUUCAGGGAUUCUUGCUCUCUUCAUCCUUUGUUUUUGCACGUCUGGCCGCCUGUGGGCUACCGCGACUCAGGUGACUUAUGAUAAUAGGGCCAUCAUUAUUGAUGGCAAGCACAGAGUUCUUGUGUCUGGAUCAAUCCAUUACCCUAGAAGCACCACUCAGAUGUGGCCGGAUUUGAUGAAGAAAUCAAGGGAAGGUGGGCUAGAUGCCAUUGAAACUUAUGUUUUCUGGAAUGCUCAUGAACCUGCUCGUCGGCAAUAUGAUUUUAGUGGCAAUCUAGACCUUGUAAGGUUUCUUAAAGCAAUCCAAGAUGAAGGACUUUACGCUGUUCUUCGUAUUGGACCGUACGUUUGUGCUGAAUGGAAUUAUGGUGGCUUUCCUGUGUGGUUGCACAAUAUGCCUGGUAUUCAGAUGAGAACUGAUAAUGAUGUUUUCAAGAAUGAGAUGCAAAACUUCACUACAUUGAUCGUCGAUAUGGUGAAACGAGAAAACCUUUUUGCAUCCCAAGGAGGUCCUGUUAUUCUUGCUCAGAUUGAGAACGAAUAUGGCAAUGUCAUGUCAUCUUAUGGAGAAGAAGGGAAGGCAUGCAUGAAUUGGUGCGCAAACAUGGCUCAAUCUCUUGACAUUGGAGUUCCACGGCUCAUGUGCCAGCAGGAUGAUGCUCCAGAACCAAUGAUCAGUACAUGCAAUGGUUGGUAUUGUGAUCAAUACCAACCUAGGAGAUCAAAUAUUCCUAAAAUGUGGACUGAGAAUUGGACUGGCUGGUAUAAGAAUUAGGAUGGUAAAGAUCCACACAGAACUGCCGAGGAUCUUGCUUUUGCUGUAGCAAGAUUUUAUCAGUUGGGAGGCACUUUUCAAAACUACUAUAUGUACCAUGGUGGAACUAAUUUUGGUCGAUCAGCUGGUGGUCCAUAUAUUACUACAUCCUAUGAUUAUGACGCACCACUUGAUGAAUAUGGAAACCUGAAACAACCAAAAUGGGGGCAUUUGAAGCAACUUCAUGACCUAUUGCAUUCCAUGGAGGAUAUUCUCACAACAGGGAACGUUUCCUCUGUCGAUUUGGGUGAUGAUUCUGUUCAGGGCACUAUAUAUUCAAAUGAAGGUGGAUCAAGCUGUUUUUUGGCCAAUGUAGACCAAGGGAGUGAUAAAACAUUCAAUUUCCAAGGCAUAAAUUAUACAGUACCAGCAUGGUCUGUUAGUAUACUUCCAGAUUGUCACAAUGUGUCUUACAAUACAGCCAAGGUAUCUACUCAAACAUCAGUGAUGGUCAAGAAAGCAAACGUCGCCGAAGAUGAGCCCAUUUCUCUUAGAUGGUCAUGGAAACCUGAAAUGGACGAUAAGAAUAUAUAUAUAUUUUUUUUGACUAUACUUCUUGGAAAGGGAGAUGUCACCAUUAAUCAGAUUCUUGACCAGAAAGAGGCAGCGAAUGAUUUGAGUGAUUAUUUAUUCUACAUGACAAGUGUGAAUCUCAAAAAAGAUGAUCCAGUCUGGAGUUAUAACAUGACACUCCGAGUUAAAAGCAGUGGCCAAAUUCUUCAUGCCUUUGUUAAUGGAGAACUUAUUGGUUCUCAAUGGUCUAAGAAUGGCGGAGAGAGUUUUGUUUUUGAGCAAAACGUGAAAUUGAAUCAUAAGAAAAACACAAUUAGUCUGCUCAGCGCUACAGUUGGAUUCACGAACUAUGGAGCCAAUUUUGAUCUGGUACCAUCUGGGAUUACUGGUCCAGUCGAGCUGAUUGGCUACCAUGGUGAUGAUGAGACAGUUGUCAAGGAUUUAUCAUCACAAAAAUGGUCAUACAAGAUUGGAUUGGAAGGUUUGAAUCAAGAACUCUACAGCAGUCAAUCUCUUAAGUGGCAAGAAGAUAGCUUCCCUGUAAACAGGACCUUAACUUGGUACAAGACUGUGUUCAAAGCUCCUUUGGGAACAGAUCCUGUUGUGGUAGAUUUACUUGGAAUGGGAAAAGGUCUAGCUUGGGUUAAUGGUAACAACAUUGGUCUAUGGCCAAGUUUCAUAGCUGAGGGUGAUUGCAAUCUUGAACCAUGUGAUUAUCGAGGUUCAUACGACAGCAGCAAGUGUCUCUCUAACUGUGGCCAUCCAACUCAAAGAUGGUAUCAUGUCCCAAGAUCAUUCCUUAAUGACACUGGCGAUAACACAUUGGUCUUGUUUGAAGAGUUUGGUGGAAACCCUUCAUCGGUUAAUUUCCAAACUAUUGCUUUUGGAUCAGCAUGCAUCAGUGCUGAGGAGAACAGGAAGAUCGAGCUCUCAUGCCAAGGAAGACCGAUUUCUGCUGUUAAAUUUGCUAGCUUCGGUAAUCCACAAGGGGCUUGUGGAUCUUUUGUGAAGGGAUUUUGUGAGGGAUCAAAGGGUGCAUUAUCUGUUGUCGAAAAGGCAUGUGUUGGCCAGGAGUCGUGCACCAUUGAUGUUUCCGAAGCUACAUUUGGCUCGACUACCUGUGGUGAUGAUGUUAUCAAGACCCUUUCUGUGGAGGCUAUUUGUUAGGGCUUUUUUUGUUAUUAGUUCUCUCUAAGUCUCUAUUAGACAACGAUUUUUUAAGAUUUUAGGCACUUUGCCAUGGAUUAUUUUUUAGUUUUUUAGCUGUCGAAAAGCUGGGACAAUUUCGAUGUCUUCUUCUCACAGGAACUCACACUAAAACUAUCCCCGAGAUAUUAUUUUCAUCCUUAUAACCAAAUACGUAUUUGUCUUUUCUGUCCUCGAAUACUAAUCAAAUGCAACUUAACAAAUAAAGACAGGUUAUGGUAGGUUGUGAGCUGUCUAACGUACCUAAGAUGGUGCAAUAGAAGAUUUCGAAGCCUGUAGUUGAGAUGCCGUGUGGUGCUUUAGCUGCAUCAUAGUUGAAAUUGCUCUCUUAGUUAGAUGGGUGUAGCUCGACUUGUGUGCUUCUAUCUGGGAAGCAUCCUGCACUUUUGUUUCCAUAAGCAAUGUUUCUACUAUCAAAAGACGUUCCUUGGGUUUGGGAUCAUCCAUGGAACUUAAUGUAUUUCUCUUGGCUCGAUGUAACUUACCAUCAAACAAAAGAAAUGGUCCCGGGGUUCGUUUC